AGCAAAGUCCCCUUCCUGAUUUUCUGUUUUCCAUUGGAUGCUCCUGACUCCAAACAUGGGGGAGUGGACCAUCCUCGAGCGCCUCCUGGAGGCUGCCGUCCAGCAGCACUCUACUAUGAUCGGAAGGAUCCUGCUCACUGUAGUGGUGAUCUUCCGUAUCCUGAUCGUGGCCAUCGUUGGAGAGACCGUGUACGAGGACGAGCAGGCCAUGUUCGUCUGCAACACCCUGCAACCCGGCUGCAACCAGGCCUGCUACGACAAGGCCUUCCCCAUCUCACACAUCCGAUACUGGGUCUUCCAGAUCAUCCUGGUGUGCACGCCCAGCCUCUGCUUCAUCACCUACUCCGUCCACCAGUCGGCCAAGCAGAAAGAACGGCGCUACUCCUUCCUCUACCCCAUCAUGGAGAGGGACUACGGGGGAAGGGACGGCACUCGUAAGCUCCGCAACAUCAACGGUAUCCUCGUUCAACAUGGCGGCGAUGGAGGAGGAGGAAAGGAGGAACCAGACUGCCUGGAAGUGAAGGAGAUCCCCAACGCGCCACGAGGCCUCACCCACUCGAAGAGCUCCAAGGUGCGCCGGCAAGAAGGCAUCUCCCGCUUCUACAUCAUCCAGGUGGUGUUCAGAAACGCGCUGGAGAUCGGCUUCUUGGUGGGUCAGUACUUCCUCUACGGCUUCAGUGUGCACGGGCUUUUCGAGUGUGACCGCUACCCGUGUCUGAAGGAGGUGGAGUGCUACGUGUCGCGCCCCACGGAGAAAACGGUGUUCCUGGUGUUCAUGUUCGCGGUGAGCGGCAUCUGCGUGGUGCUCAACCUGGCCGAGCUCAACCACCUGGGCUGGCGUAAGAUUAAAGCCGCCAUUCGAGGCGUUCAGGCCCGCCGGAAGUCCAUCUGUGAGAUCAGGAAGAAGGACAUGGCGCACCUGUCCCAGCCGCCAAACCUCGGACGCACCCAGUCCAGCGAAUCAGCUUACGUCUGAUGAUGAAGAGAAGACAAAAGGUUUGAGGAGGAGAAGGAGGAGAGGGGGGUGAAUGUGCAAAGGAGGGAAUUCAUUAUGAUUUUAAUUUGAUGAAGACGGCACUGAGAUGACCCCUCCUGAAGGAAACAGAAUGUAAAAAUAACCAAACCUCCGUCUCAACGACUUUGAGGGUCGAGAAGGAGGAAGAAAAAACAAAUGAACAUGAUGAACAUAUUUUGGUCUCAUGGGGAAGAUAUUCCAACUGCCAUUUUCUACUUUUUGUCUUUAAAAUAAAAAACUAAUUACCCUCUCCUCUGCCCCUUUUUUCUUUUAAAGUAGGGGAAUUAAAUCCUCAAGGGGCUGGAGAGAGGGAACGACUUGAGAUGAGAAGACGAGGGUUAAGGAGAGGAGAAGAGAUGAAAGGCUGUUUUGUAUUCUUCGGGGACAUUUGGAAGAUGGCGGCGGUGUUUGAUGCAUCCCACGGUGCUUUUCUUCUGGACUGUGUCAGCCUCAAUGCUCGGGUGCGGGGAGGAUGAGCAGCGACAUCAUUAAAAGAGGAACGGAAGAACUGUCUAGAGAGCGAUGUUUGUGAGAUAGAGAGAAGGACCGUGGGUCACAUCACUCUGGGAAAACAUAUAUGAUAUCCCCAAAGGUCUUUUUGUUUUCCUAGACUGAAGCCAGGAGAGAAGGAUCUGCGUCUGAUCAGUGUCGCCUCUGUUGGAACAUUGUCACGAGCUUAAGCCAAGAGAGAAAAAGACUGACGAUGUUUAUGUUUUGUCUCUUGGCAAAAGAUGAUUUUAACACAAACACAUCAAGUAUCAUAAACAAACUCUUUUUUUUCUUUCUCCCCGAUCCCUCGCCUCUCUGUGCUCCGCUGGUUGGCAGCUAUACGGACCCCAGGGGCUUCUGGUGACAGUAACGACUCUUGCUGCUCUGCUUCUGCGUACACUUGGGAGGGGAACUAAUGAACAAACGGACAAACGUUCGCGUCUCUCCUAAAGCACAAACCAAACUUCCAGCAUUCCAGUGUGCUGAGAGACGGAGGAGAGACGGAGGAGAGAGGGAGGAGAGACGGAGGAGAGAGGGAGGAGAGACGGAGGAGAGAGGGAGGAGAGAUGGAGGAGAGAGGGAGGAGAGACGGAGGAGAGAGAAGAGAGGGAAGAGAGGACAUCACUUUAUUACAGAUUUUAUAAAAAAUAUAUCACCAUGAAUUCUUUUCUUCUUUGUUUUUUCAAAAAAAGCGAUGGUGCCAUCCUUGAGAUAUUUAAUUAUUGUUGAUGAAGUUACAUAGAGUAUAUCAUGGUAAUAUUAUUUAUCCAUUUAGAGUAUAUCCAAAUAGAUUUAUUUAUCUUUGCGUGCAGGGUUGGUUGGGACAUGUUGCUGUUUUUCUUUCAUGUGUAAAUUGUCUGUCUUUUUUUCAUUUUAGUUUAAGCAUUUCUCACUGAAGGAACUGAUUAAUGGCAUGAAGGCCGAGGAGUCUGUGCAGCUGAUUUUCUAUUAUGUGCAACUUUAUAACAAUUGUUUCUUAAUUGCAUUCAAAGUGUAAAACAAUGCAUGUGCAGGCGUUCCCUAAUCCCUACAGAGAGUCUUCUGCAAAAUCAGCUGCACAGCUAACGCCUGCGAGCCAUUUGAAAAAGGCAUGUUUACAUGACGUGAUGUUUCUUGAAUGAUCAAGCUGUGUAGUAACUCUACUAGGGACAGUUGUGUUUUUUGAAUCUCAGUGGUUUUUCUUUCAUUUGCAUUUCUUUCCUGACUGGAUUUCAGCAUGCAUGCCUUGUAAGAGAAAAAGAACGUCAAGAUGAAAAAAAGAUGACAGAGAGUGUUGCACCUUGAUUAACGCGGACCGGCUGGAGAGUGGCAGACUGAAGGAACUAAUGUUGGAAUUAACUCAUACACUAAUGCCUCAUUUAAGAUCACUUAGCGCAGGCCUGUGAAACCAGACAUAAGGACGAUUCAUAGCACUACAUGUGGUGUCUUUCUCGAGACCAAUAUUUUUCCAGGUGUUACACAUUCUUAAAAAUCAGCUAACUAAAAGAAAAUCUUGAACCCGACACGUUGUAGCAGAUCAGCAAAGUUGCUUCUGGUGUUAAGAAUCUUCUUUACCACUGCCCAUUGAAUGGCCUUAUGUAGCUUGACACUGUAGGAGCCUAACACUGCCACAUUUGGGGGUUUAAAGGGGCCCCCCUAUGCACUGAUGCACAAACAGAUACAUCAGGAGACCAAACUGUAGUCAGUAUUUCAUUUCUUUCCUAUUCAAUUUCCACUAAAUUGCACCAUAACUUGAAAUUGUAAUGUAAAAACCUUUCUAUUUUAAUAUAUGUUGUAUCCACUUUCCCUUAACUUGCCUUACCUGCUUGUGCUUUGUUUAGCGAUUCCCUACAUUUCCCACAAUGCCUUUGGACAAUUCCUCUGUCAUUAUGUUGGGGGUAAACAAAGGGGAAAUUAGAUACUUAGAUGACUAAAAUGCACGCUAUUGCAAAUGUUUACUUUAGUUUAUUUUUGUUGUUUCUACAACUGAAAUCCACGUAUAUAAAUGGACAAAAUAACAUUUUUACUUUUUCAAAUAAUAAUGACAAACCAAAGCAAAUUCAUACCAACCUAAAAAGAUGUUUACAAUCUUUACUUUCUACCACUUUUGUAGUUAUUUUUAAGAAUUUGUAUCGUAGGACAGCAUCGUAGCUACUCUGGAAUUACCUUAACACGACAACAGCUAACACUGUUUCAAAAGCCUAAGCACAUUUACACUGAGUGUCAGUAGUAAUUGAUGCAACACCAACAGCUGAAGCAGAAGAAAUCCCCCCCCCCCUGACUCUCUGUUUCCCCUUUCACUCCCCCUGUCAUAAUCUCAGUGAUUCUUACAGGUGAUUAUCCCCAGAUUUAGGCUCCCAUGAGGAUCUCUGAGGAGCUCAAAUGGAUCGGUGCAGUCUACUGUAAGCACGACGAGGGGGGGGGGGGGGGCGGGAAACGCUGAGAGGCCACGCCAGAAUGCCUAAUAAUAGAGUUUGAGUCAAGGCUUCCCUCAGUAACAGAGCUGGUGCUCCUAGCGAAGGCUUAAACGCUGACCUUGAGCUCACCAAGCUGAUGUCCUGAACUAAACGUGGCUCCUGCAGGUUGGUCACUGCGCUCUACAUGUUUAAUCUGCACAGAGCGAGUAAGAUAAGGCUUGUUGGGCAGGAGCUCCAACAAGCCGUUUAGGACAGAGAGUGAAUACACAUACUUUACAGAGAUGCUGUAUGAGAAACCAAUGUGAGUUUGGAAAAUUGCACAAUAUAAAUGUAUUCUAGUAUACCUCAACAAUGGAAUUAUGAUCAGUAGAAAUGGACAUGACAUGGGACCUUUAAGAUGGACCUUUAUUAGUACAUGCCGGACAUUCACUCAAUCUAGUAAAACAAGCACCUCUGAAUGUGAGGAGAGCAGUUUGAAUUCACGAACAAUAGUUAAUGUUGUGCCACGAUAGAGAGGGGCAGUGAUGACGUAUUUGAAUCCAAAGUUAGCAUAGCAAGGGCUCCCUCUGCAAAAAGGA